AUGACUGCCACUAAAACACUUCGUAACAAAGCUCUUCGAACGAUCCGUUCAGCAUCCGAUGCGGUUGCUUACUUCGAUGCUAAUCGUCGCAUUCGCGGCUAUGACAUGCAGGUUCAACGAGCUCAUGCCUUGUCCUGGAAUUGUGAUGGAACCCGACUUGCGUGUGGUUCACAGGAUCGUCGAGUUGCCGUGGGAACCGUCGAUUCCUCUUGUCGAGUGAAAUGCACUUUUGUAGGUCAGGGCCAUGAUGAUUCUGUAGAUCAG